UAAACAGACAGACAGAUAGAUAGAUAGAUAGAUAGAUAGAUAGAUAGAGACGGACGGAUGGACGGACAGACAGACAGAUAGAUAGAUAGACAGAUGGAGACGGACGGACGGACAGAUGGACAGACAGACAGACAGACAGACAGAUAGAUGGAGACGGACGGACGGACGGACGGACGCACGGACAGAUAGAUAGACAGAUAGAUAGAUAGAUAGAUAGAUAGAUAGAUAGAUAGAUAGAUAGAUAGUAUAGUACUUAUAAUGCGUUAAUACUUAUAUGUAUAAAUAUAGACUAUAUAUAAUGUUAAUACAUGCCAAUGAAACUUCUUGAAUCAGAGAGAGAGUGAGAGUGAGAGAGAGAGAGAGAGAGAGAGAGAGAGGGAGGGAUUUGUUCACAGUAAAGUCUUGUGUGUCUGUAAUUAGCCGCCGUCUCGUCACUUCAACUCACUAUCAACUGGAGACGGAGACACGCGCACCGACCGAACACACCGGAACACCGGAACACCCGCACCAGCUCACAGAGAGAAAAAGAGAAUAAUCCUAGCAGAAAUCUCACAGACAGAUUUUAGAAUAAAAACACAGACUGAACAGACAACUGACAGAAAAGCAAGUUAAACUUUAAGCUUACUUAAUAAACUAGUAAAACUGAAGAUCCAGAAAGAGUUUCUAUAAAGAUAAAAUUACUCAUCCUAUAGAGACGAGAGAGAGAGAGAGAGAGAGAGAGAGAGAGAGAGAGAGAGAGAGAGAGAGAGAGAUUAUAGUCAUGAUGUCGUACAUGAAACAGCCUCAUUACUCCGUCAACGGGUUGACUCUGUCCGGUACCGGGAUGGAUCUCCUGCACUCUGCUGUCGGUUACCCCAACACGCCGCGCAAACAGCGGCGCGAGAGGACAACAUUCACGCGUGCGCAGCUCGACAUCCUCGAGGCGAUGUUCGCCAAGACGCGAUACCCGGAUAUCUUCAUGAGAGAAGAGGUGGCGCUCAAGAUCAACCUGCCCGAGUCCAGAGUCCAGGUGUGGUUUAAAAACCGUCGUGCUAAGUGCCGUCAACAGCAGCAGCAGCAGACCAGCGGCCAGACCAAACCCAGACCACCGAAGAAGAAGUCUUCACCUGUUAGAGAGCCCAGUGCCACCGAGGCCAGCGGCAGCACUAACGGGCCAUACAGCCCACUGCCGCCACCUCCGGGCACGGCCAUCACCCCGAGCUCCAGCAGCACCAGUGCCACAGUCUCCAUCUGGAGUCCGGCGUCCAUCUCGCCGCUGACAGACCCGCUCUCUGUGUCCAGCACGCCCUGCCUGCAGCGCACCAGCACCUACCCCAUGACCUACACCCAAGCUCCGGCCUACAGUCAGGGUUAUGCCAGCUCAUCCUCAUAUUUCACAGGGCUGGACUGCAGCUCGUACCUGUCUCCCAUGCACCCGCAGCUGUCCGCCACAGGGGGCGCUCUCAGCCCCAUCACCGCCUCCUCUAUGGGCGGACCACUCAGUCAGUCGCCCGCAUCUUUGUCAUCUCAGGGCUACACCGCCGCGUCUCUGGGCUUCGGCGCCAUCGACUGCUUAGACUACAAAGACCAGACGGCUUCCUGGAAACUGAACUUCAACGCCGCAGAUUGUCUGGACUACAAGGACCAGAACUCGUGGAAGUUUCAGGUCCUGUAGGGGGCGCUUCAGGAGGGAACGUUCAUCUAAUACCCAUACUGAGCGUCUAUAUGAUUCAUCUGUCAGAGCCACUGUGAAUGUGAGAAACAUGCUGAUGGAGAGAAAGACUACAAAUUACACCAAACGUCAAGUGUAGACUUCGAAAACGUGGUGCAGUCUUUAUUCCUGGACUUCAAAAGGGUUUAAACUCUUUGUUGAAUUUCAGUAGUUGACUUUCGAUCUUAAUUAUUUAUGGGUAAAACUGAAUGAAGUGUAGUUGGUAGAUGAUAGAUAAACGAAUAGGAUAUUUCAAAGUUUGGAUAAUGCACUGACUGGUAAUAUUGCUAGUGCACAAAUGUCCAAUGAGAGUUCUGAUAUUUAACACUGAUUUUUAAAGACAAUCAUCAAUUUUCAAGCACAAACAUCUUCCGACAUCUAAUCGUUUUAGGAGAUAUCAAUAUGGUAGAUGAUGUUUCAACUUUCAGAAGUGAUCUAUUCUUUUACAUCUGUAAAUAAGCUGCUUUUGAUACUGCUGAGUAUUUCAGAGCCAAAUGGUGAGACACAAAAGUUCCUGGACGACCGCUGUUUCUAUAAAAAUGAGCUCAAAACGCGAGGAGCUGCUAAAGACACUAUAAAUGACGCUCGGUGCUUUUGUGUCUUCGUUUGAGUCGCUCGGGUGGAGCUGAACUUUAUCUGCUCCUUAUCGUGAAUUUGAACAGUCGUCACGAUAACCGUGUCCACAGAACACCAAACGAGAUGUCGAGAACUCACAAGAUUUGUCAUGAAUGAAUAACUUAAGAUCUUUCAUUCAUGUUUUAAAUGUUACUUUAAUUGAUAUUAUAAUAUUAGAUCACAAUAUAUAUUUGUGAGUUCUGAACCUGUGGUCAUUUGUUAUUGUCUGAUGUUUAUUUUUUGGAUAUUAUAAAGAUGAGUUUGUUCUGUCAUUUGUUAGAAAAGCGUCUAAAAACAAUCAGUGUUUUUUGUCUCUCUUUCUUUGUAAUGAUUAAACAUGACUUCAUGUCUGUAAUAUGAAAUGAGAAACUCUUUCUCUCUCAAUGCCAACAAUCAUCUUGUUUUCUCAAACUCAGGGGUUUUUAGGCUGCCAUACUGUUUAUGUCUGCUUGUAAAAAUCAAGUCUUCAUUUGUAAAGUCAUGCUUUUUCCAUUGUGUUUGCAUUUAGAUUCUUGUAGUAACACUAUUUUAAAUAAAUUACACUUUCUUUCUAUACAUGCAGAACAAGUUAAUUCUAUUGGUUGUGAUUUGUAUUUUUAUUUUAUUAUAUUUUGAGCUGAUUUAGCAAAUUCAAUUACAUCUGUUAAACAAAUAACUGACUGAAAAGUAUAUUUAAACUACAAAUAACUAAAAAUAAGUAACUAUAUUUUUCAAAAAGA